AUGACACUGUCAUCCAUCGAACAUUGGUUGACGUUACACAUUCGAUCAUGCCUGCACACACGGUUUCACAUCUCGACGCUACGCAAAGUAGCUUUCCUGAUUGCCCUAAUAUCAUGCGUUGCAUCAGGUCUGAUCACAAUUAUAUCUCUAUUCACCAAACCAUGGAGAGACCACAUGCAUUAUACGGCACUCCAGAUCAAUCUGAUCUCCAGUGCUGUUAACUUGGGAGGUUACUUGACCCCUCCGUUACUGGGAAUAUUGUCAGAUUCGCAUGGUCCAGUGAUACUGAGUUGGUUGGCUGUAGUGGGCUUUGUUCCUAGCUACGCCUACUCUUCGUACGUGUUCGAGCAUGGUGAAGCCCAUUUUGCGUUCACACUCGUCGCUUUCUGCGCCAUAGGAGUCUCUACAAGCGCACUUUUUUUCAGCGGUCUCUUGACCUGUGCCAAACUGUUCCCAAAAUACAAAUUCCUGUCGAUAAGCUGUCCCACCACAUUUUACGGCUUGUCAUCCUUAGUUGGCUCUGAAAUUUUGAAGCGUGAAUGGUUCUCCCAGGGCUACGAAUAUUUAAACUUGGGGCGUGUCUUUCGGACCUUUGCCUAUUUUUAUGCUGUAGUUGGGACCUUGACAUGGAUUUCUACCAGUAUCGUGGCUAUGUUGAAGCUUGCUGCUGAACAAGAAGAGCACCGGCCUCUGUUACCCACUGAAUCCAACACCUCUACAAAGGACUACAAGGAACGUAUUGCGCAGUUCGUAAGGGACCCCAGCACAUACCUGACGCUGCUUAUGUUUUUCCUGACUAUAGGUGCACUUGAAAUGUUCCUCACUAAUAUGGGUUCUGUCGCAUUAUUAGUUUCUCCAAAUGAUCGCAACAUCCAGGAUCGAGUGCUAUCGUACUACGCCUUACUUUCGACUUGCACACGUUUGCUUGCAGGUCUGGCUGCCGAUUUUCUCUCGCAACGCAAAAUCUCUCGCAUUUGGAUCCUAUAUGGAUGCAUGUUGCUUGGUUUAUCGGGUCAAGUACUAAUCUUGAAUGUCGGGACCAACAAGACCCAAAUAAGUAUUGCUUCUGCUUUGAGCGGAGCUUCUUAUGGCGGCCUUUUUACCAUAUUCCCCACGUUAACACUGGGUAUCUGGGGCUCUAGUGUGUUUGGUACAGCUUACGGAUGCUUCAUGGUAGCACCUGCCAUUGCAUCGACGGUUUUCGGUAUACUUUACGCCCGUGUUUACGACACACAGUGCAUUGGUCAAUACCCAGGAGCGCAAUGUGUGAGACCUAUUUUCUCCCUGACUGCGGCUUCAUUCCUAGUUGCAUUGGCGAUUAGUAUCUCCACGUAUUUCGGCUUCUGGAGACGUAAAAAUAUUGAAAUAUGA